CGCUCGCCGCUUUCGCAGCCAAACGAGCAAGCGAGAAGAACGACAAAGACAACAAAUAGCACAGUCCAAGCUGAGGAAUCGCCGGAAGACAGAUAAUAAAAAUGUGUUUUGAUGACUGGUUCCCUCAAUCCUGAAGUCACCUCACUGUCUUCAUUAUUGUCCGCUCCCCAACAUUCUUCUCCUCAUCACCUGUUUGUGCUGAGUGGCUUCAUUCUUCAUUCCAGCAGCUUGGAUUUUGCAUGUGAUUGUGCUUCUCGUACCGUACACAAAAAUUACCCACCAACGACCACGACAAGAGAGCUCGGGGGCACAGCAGUUUCCUUUGAUAUACUAUCGCCUGAUCUUUCACCAUGGAGAAGUUUUCUCAGUUCAGAGAUAGAGGUUCCGGAAUCGCUCCUUUUCUUCCUAUCCCUUCCCAGCCCUCGGGCAUAUACCUUCCAUUCCACAUCUUCCUCUUCUGCAUGCGGCUGCCGCUGCUCAUAACCGCGUUUCUCGCCUACUUCUGUGUGCUCCAAUGGCUGCCCAUCGGAUCUUUGGGCAAGAAGGCCUCACUGUGGGUAAUGCUGGGCAUUCCGGGCAUAUGGUGGAUUGAUCUUCAGAUAGAUGGUGUUAAGAAAGGAUCGCUUGCCUCGCAACAUUCCUCCCGACUCCCAGGCCCCGCGUCCGUGAUCGCCUCGUCGUUUACCUCCCCAAUCGAUGCGCUCUACCUUGCUGCUAUAUUUGAUCCCAUAUUCACGGUGUCGUAUCCCUUUACGUGCAAAGUCCAACAGAUUUCUCUGGUCCAGGCUAUUCUCCGGGCUUUCGCUGGCCCGGAGGUCAAGCCACCUGUAGACGCGCGCCUGGUCGAUAUUGCGACGCUGAUAAAACGGCACCCAAACAGCCCCAUCGUGAUUUUCCCAGAGUGCACCACCACAAACGGAAAGGGUAUCCUACAGAUGAGUCCGUCUCUUGUCGCCGUCUCUGCGGUAACAAGAAUCUUCCCCGUCAGCCUGCGGUACUCGCCCGCAGACAUCACCACACCAAUACCGCAAUCAUACAGGUCCUUCCUGUGGAAUCUCCUGAGCAAACCCACCCACUGCAUCCGCGUGAGGAUUGCGGAGAGCAUCCUGCUUCCGACGUCCGGCAUGAAAGAUACCAAAAGUGCGAAGAACAACAACAAUACUGAUAAAAAUAUUAACGGAUCCGACGGCGGACAGCCAUCGUAUGACUAUAAUUAUUUCGACACACUGGACGCCAAGCUAGCUGAGUCGUUUGUGGAUCUUGAUGCGUCGUUAACGAGCGGGGAGCAGACGCUGCUGAAUCAGGUUGGCGAGUCGCUGGCUCGACUGGGACGGGUGAGACGGGUUGGAUUAGGAGCGAAGGAUAAGCAGCAGUUUGUCAAGUUAUGGACUGCGGGGAGGCGGAAGUAAUAGUAUACGGUUGUGAUGGUAUCUGAUAUCAUGGAAUAUUACUACGUGUACGAAGUAGAUAGAACUGGGGAGAGGAGGAAGUCCAUUUCCCCCCCUCCACUCGGCCAAACUCCCAGGCGGUGAGUGAGACUUCCAUGAGCAGCAGAGUACGGUACAUAUGUAUGUACGGUGAGCAAAUAGAUAGAUUCCUAAAGGUAAGAAUGGCGACGGGCACGAGAUGACUCUAUCCAUUGGAUAAAAUGUGAUACUGCAGUGUGAAAGUGCAUAGUUAUGGUGCGCCCGUGGUGGUGCUAUAUAUAGAACGGAAUGGGGGACCUGGCAUAUGAGUGUAUUGAGUACAGUAGUUAUGUAUAUCCAUGUACUCCGUACCUGAGAACUACAUAGUACAUAGUUACCAUAGUAAUAUCGUUAGUGUCCUCCAUAUUGCGGGGGCCUGCCUGUUUUAAAACUCAAA